UUUCUUCACGACUUUCUCUUUUAUUCUCGUCAACAACCAAGAAAAACAAGGUCAAACACAGGGCCACCGUCAACCGCCUAUAGCCGGUUUCAAGCCGCCCUCCGAGUCAACUCAAUCCUUCGUUCCCACACCAAACCCCUGGUUUAUAAAACCUAAAACCAGCAACUACCGCACGCAAACUCCGAUCGUGUACAAGCAAUCGUUCUCUAUUUCUACAGACCAAACCAGCAGUUUCGAGGUGUUUUCGUGCUUGUAGAGGCUUAGUAUUGACUUGCGUUUCCAGUAUAUCAAAGCUUAGAUGGUUAUGGAACCGAGAGACGAUGAAUAUUUGGAUUACGUCAACGGCUUCUCUUUGGAUGACGAGAGUAUCUCGCCUGUUUUCAGUCCGUCUCCUGGUUUUACCAACGGAUACCGAUUCAGAGAUGAACAUAUAAAUCUCGGUCUGUUUCAAAUUCCUAAUUCAGCACCGAAAUCCGGUCCCUGCACAUCGGAUCCGUCUUCUUGUAUGGCUUCACAGUCACUCUCUUCAGACGAGUUUGGUGACUGUGUAAUCAAGUUCAUAAACCAGAUUCUCGUGGACGAGGAUAUGGAGGCUAAACAGAGUAUGUUUCCCGAUCCGUUAGCUUUACAAGCAACUGAGAGAUCGUUCUACGAAGCCCUAGGCGAGCAAUACCCUCCCGUGACAAACGUCGAAACCCCUGAAGAGAACUUUUUCAGUAGUUUAAGUGAUUACAGUACAAACAGUAGUACUAGCGGUAGCAACAACGCCGAUUCUCACUGGUCCGGUGGUGAUUCUCUUGAAGCCAAAUCUUUAACGCAACAAACUCCAUCUCUUGAAUACCCUUUGUUGUCGUCGUUUAGCCCGACCACUAGCGUUCCUAACGAUGGCACGUUGGAUUCCAUGAUAAACGCACACCUUGUAGAAAAUAUAUUCACCGACACCGAAUCUAUAUUGCAAUUCAAUAGAGGGAUGGAGGAAGCUAGUAAGUUUCUUCCUCCAAGUAAACCGUUGGUAAUCGAUUUGGAUAAAUUCAACUUGCUGUCGAAUUCCCGAGAUACGUCUUCAGAGGCCAUUAUUGAGGAGAUUGUCAAGACAGAUAACUCAUUCAGGAGUAGAAAGCACCACCAAAUCGAGGAUAAUGGUUAUGCAGAAGAACGAAGUAGCAAACAGUCGGCUGUUUACGUGGAAGAAGAUGUGUUAUCCGAGAUGCUUGAUAGCGUUGUUAUCUGCACUGACCCUGGCGGUCCCUCAAUGUCGGCUUGUGAGGAACCGCCUAAACACGCAACCAAAAGAAGUCCGAAAAGCAGCCCGUCAUACGGGUAUAGUAGCGGUUGGAUUACUCGUUCGUGGGGCGGAAGUUCCGGUGAACUCAUGGAUGUUCGAACUUUACUUGUCAACUGUGCGCAAUCCGUUGCUGCUGAUGACCAUUUAACGGCAAACGAACAGUUAAAACAAAUUAGACAACACGCUUCUCCUACAGGUGACGCUCCACAACGGCUAGCGCAUAUCUUCGCUAGCGGUCUCGAGGCCCGCUUAGCUGGCGCGGGUUCUCACCUUUAUACUACUAAAAGUGCGAUGACGAUAUCAGCUGCCGAAAAAUUAAAAGCUUACCAAGUUCUUCUUUCAGCAUGUCCGUUUAUAAAGAUCGCCAUUUUCUUCGCGAAUAAAGUGAUAUACGAUGUAGCUUCAACAUCAUCCACUCUUCAUAUUGUAGAUUUCGGUAUUGCGUACGGUUUCCAGUGGCCCGUUCUCAUCAAGCAUCUUUCGGAAAGACCCGGUGGGCCACCGAAGUUACGGAUUACUGGAAUCGAGUUCCCGAAACCGGGUUUUCGGCCGGCUGACGGGGUAGAGGAGACUGGGCGGCGUUUGGCUAACUUUUGUGCGAAGUAUAACGUCCCGUUCGAGUAUAACGCGAUAGCAACUCAAAACUGGGAAGCGGUUAAAAUCGAAGAUCUUAAACUCCAGAGAAACGAGUGUCUUGCGGUGAACACGUUAACUCGGUUUAAAAACUUGCUUGAUGACUCGGUUACGGUGGAUAAUCCACGUGAUGGUGUUUUGAAACUGAUUAGGGAUAUGCGACCCGAUAUUUUUGUUCAAACUGUAGUUAACGGGUCUUACAGCUCACCCUCUUUUGUCACGCGUUUCAAGGAGGCGCUCUUUCAUUUCUCUUCUAUGUUUGAUAUGUUUGAUGCUACUUUAGACCGUGCUGAUGAGCAACGAUCGAAUUUCGAGAAGGAGUUUUGUGGGCGUGAAGCGAUGAAUGUGAUUGCAUGUGAAGGUUGUGAGCGGGUCGAAAGGCCCGAGACCUACAAGCAGUGGCAGGCCAGAGUCUCACGGGCUGGGUUCAAGGUCAAACUGUUGAACCGUGAGCUUGUUUCUAAACUGAGGACUAAUGUAAAAGCGGGGUAUCAUAAGGAUUUUGUGUUUGAUGAGGAUGGUAAGUGGGUGUUACAGGGAUGGAAGGGUCGCAUUUUACAUGCUAGUUCAUGUUGGGUGCCAGCUUAAGAAUUGUUUAAUGUUGAUUCCACAUGGAGCUCUCUUGUGUGGAUGUUUUGGAACUUGACAAAGAUAAUGGGCUGGUUACCAUGGAAGAUCCUUUUUGUAUGGCAUAGGAGGACCAAAUUUGUGAGUUGCUUGUGAAAACCAAAGACAUCAUCUAUAAACAGAGCAUAGCAUGUCCGGACACUAACCGGACGUAAACAGGAGUCAAAAACAACUUUCGGGCUACUGAUUCAGGCCUAAUCCUAUGUCUAAAUGGUGUCGUUUCAUUAGAAUGAAUACGUGAAAACCCAGUUUUGGACCAGACUUUAUUAAACUUUUAGGCUUCUGAUUCAAGCAUAAUUUCUUGCCUAAAUGGUGUCGUUUCACUAAAAUAAUAGAGUAACACUAGCUUGGACCGGAA